CCAGAAGUGAAACUAACGCAGCAGAUAUUUCGAGUAAGCAAAGCAUCCACUGCGCUUUGUAGUAACAAUGAGGGUCUACACUUUAGUGUUGUUAGUCUUCGUAGUAUUUAUGACGCUAUGUAUGUUUGCGGAGGUCGAAGGCUGGUUCGGAGGAAGAAGGGGUUCCAGUCGGUCGAGUAGCAGUCGCUCAAGUAGUCGCUCCGUCAGUCGGUCCUCGUCCCGCGGCGGAUCGGGAGGAAGAAGGACUUCUUCCUCACGAAGUACCAGCGUCAGCUCCCGUCGAACUAGGCCAAGCUCCCGCAAGACCAGUGUGCGUAAGACAAGUAGCUCAAGAAGAGGAGGCUGGUUUGGUGGAAGGAGGUCGUCUUCAUCGAAAAAGUCGUCCGUCAAGAAGUCCGGAGGCUGGUUUGGAAGUAGGAAGUCUCCCAAAAAGACAACACCAGCAAAGAAGACAAUCGGAGGCUACUCGUAUACAUCUAAGAAAUCCCCAAGAGGUAAGACGAUCACUGUUGGGAAGCAGAAAAUCCACGUUGGAAAAACAGGAAUCAGGGAUCGGGAUGAGACUGGACACCGGACUGGUUUGGGUACCCUCGCAAGGGAGACCAUCAAGAACCCCAAGAAAACCAUUAAGGCCAUCAAGGAGUUUGCCAAAAGCUACGCGGACAUGCGCAAGAAAAACCUCAAGGGAGGCAACCUCGCCGCUCAUCGCGAGGCCAACAAAAAGGCCACUCAAAAGGCGAAUUCUAAGGUAGCAGGCGCGAUAAGCGCCAUCAGAGAACAGUACAAGAACUUCCGAGUGAAGAAGAACCCGGAUGGAAGCAUACAUCUUGGCGACACAAGGACGAAGAAAGAGAGAGACGCGACGAUGAAUGCGAACAAGAAAGGGCGGGAAGACGCCAAUAAAGGCUGAACCAGUACCUCUCGGACAGCCAAUACAAUAGAUUGCGCUCUCAGGUUCUUUUUAGUGUUUUUAAAAUGACAGCUAUGAAUUAUCCUGAAUAUAAAUUAGAAUAAGUUAAAAAAAAACCUACAGAUGUUCAUCUUUUCCCUAUUGUAGUUUAUCUGUUUGCGUUCAUAUGAUACCCUGUCAUCUCAAUCGUGAAUCCCAAACCACAAAAAACAUGCAUGCCUGGGGCAAAAAGAA